AUGGCCGACGCAGAUAUCGCAAACUACUAUAAUCUCCCUUCGGCUUUUCCUGAAGAGUGGCCUGCAGAGCUAGACGAAAGCGAUCAUUCGGAGGAUGAGGCACUUACCCGCACUGCUUCGCGGCGAUCCCGAUACUUUGCUCUCGAGCGCAGUAACAGCCAUCAGAAAGGCGUCAACCUAGGGUCAUUCAAAGGAAACAAUGGUCGGGAAAACCUCGCCCAGAUGGACGAGCCGGAUCCGCUCGGGACAGGCGAAAGCGUCCUCAAGAUCUUGAAGAAGGGGGGGUUGUCUGUAGAAGAAGAGAGUCGCUUGCGGAAUAAGUUUUUACUCUCAUCUACUUCAUUUUCCCCGGCUCUGUUUCUUUCGCAGGCUCACUCCGAUGCGUCGAUUAAAUCACUACUCAAUGGACUGGAAUUUCUGUCACGAUCGAUCGAUCAGAAGUCAGCUUCGUUGAAAGUACUUGUGGAGGCGAACUUUGAGCGAUUCGUCCGAGCCAAAGCGACAAUUGAUAGUGUAUAUACAGAGAUGAGGAACCAAGGGAAGGCAGAAAGCUUGUCAGUGUCGCAAGUUCACCGCAGGUCAGGACAUUUCCGGAGCCUUUCGUCUGGCAAACAUGACAUAACCCCCGCGACGAUUUCAGACUCAGGGCCUGGGAAGAAUGCAUUGACCAAGGAAAGUGAAUACGGCAUGAAGGGCAUCCGCGGUCCACUUUUAGAAGCCUCUGUCAAAGCUGAAGAAGUCUGGGGGCCUGCAUUAGGUGGUCGUGAAAGAGAACAGGUUUUAAAAUCGGUCGUCGAGACAAUGGAGAAGCACCGGGAUGUCUAUGAAAUAGGCGGGCUUCUUUCAAAGUCUAUCAAGCAAAGAGACUAUGACUCUGUUUUCGAGCAGUACACUAGAGCAAGGACGCUCGCAAAAGAAGCCAGGAAUAUUGCCGAUAUGGCGACGAGCAAAGGCCGACCGUUGACAGACGAGGAGACCCACAUGAUCUUAGCAAUGGGGAGGAUGUGGAUGGAUGUCGACCAGCAAAUACAGGCAUUCAAGCAUGAUCUUUGGAGGCGCUUGAGUGAGUCACCUAUCGCCUCGACGACGGUGACGGCUUUAGGGCCAGUCGAUGAACAUAUGGAACUAAUUGGCGCUCUGCUGGAAUUGGGUGUCGAGGACAACCCCAUCUGGGUCUGGCUUCUUGGUCGCUAUGAAUACUUGAAAACGAAAAUUACAACUUUUUGCGAACGCUGCAAAACGGAACUAGAGAUCCUCAGGCGCAGGCUCGCUGCUGGCGAGAAGCCGACGCCUCAAGCACUGGCAUCCUAUCUCCGACUCGCUCCUCGUGAUGGUGCAGCAAGUGAUCCAACGACGCUUGACACUGGCCAGGUCAUCGAACUCUGGGAGUGUGUACAUACUUACUUAAUUAGACUGCUAUCAUCACAGGGAGGCCUCUUGGGUGAAGUCUUCGAUUUCUGGGAAGCGGCACAAUCCUUUAUCGAGGGUAGCAAACAAAAGCUUCUCCCAACCGGUUUUGAAGGGGAGAGUCGUAAGCAUCACCGGCUCUCGCCUAAUGACUCCAGUGAGCUGCAGAAGGGCGUCGUCGAAUUGAUCAAUUUAAUUCGCGAAAGCAUUCUGUCGCUGUUCGCCGACCCUCCAGUGGAGGAUUUCACUAUCCUCGCCUCUCCAAUACCACCACCAAGCCCUAAGAGCCCGAUGAGCGGAGGAAUCACUCCCACCGAGUCUCGUUUCAAGUUAGAUCCUAAGAAUAUGCCAUUUCCCACCCCAAAGCGUGGCGAGGCUUGGGAGGACUUUGCAUUUUGGCCUCCGUUUUCCAAUUCCCUUAGCGGCAUUCACUACCUCGGCCAAUUCCUCGUCCUUAUUGGCAGGGCAGCCAGUGAAAUGGCUGCGUUAGCCCCUGUACGAAGUACGGAAAACGCUUAUGAUCUCCUCAAGUCACUUGUGAGCGUCACUCGUGAACGUUCCGUUCGCGCGGCAUGCUACGCCUGGGGCAAAGAUGCAGAAGUUUGCAAAAUGUUGGAGGACUGGACGAGAGAUUCGGAGAAAAAAGACUUGACCAAGAUGCCUGGUUUGUUUGUGGCUUUUGAGAACGCAAUUCUUAGUGGAAUGCAGAAGAUCCUCUACAUUUCGGAGGCCAUGGUAAAAUCGGGUGAUGUAGAUGUUGUCACACAACCUCCUGCGAAGCUUCUACAGAUGGUGCGCACGCAGUUUGUGUCCAGUAUUUACAAGGCCCUCAGUGGUUUGGUCGAGAAUGCGGAACAUCCCACACUUCCUCAAGAGGAUAGUGAAUGGGUGCUCGCGGAGCCUGCGGCGCGUAGUCUCUCUGAUACAUCCACGGCGCUUUUCAUCGCAGAUGCGGUCGAUGCCCGAAAUAGGAAUGUUCGCAUACUCCUCACUUUGUCGAAUAUCAAGGCAUUCCAAGCCGAUCUCGUCCCUCAACUAGUAGCGAACUUUGAAACUUCAUUUUCAGUCAAGUUGACCGAGGAAGCCAAUACUAUUCGCGACGUCCUCAGUCAGAUUGACGACCGCUUGUUCCAGUCAUACACUAAACCCACGAUCAACAAAUUGAAUACAACGAUUGUUGAUGGCAUUACUGCCCCGGAUUGGGAGCCGACCGUCCCUCGCCCCGAACAAGUCCGGCCGUAUGUGUACAACGCAAUGCUGACUCUUGUGCUUGUCCAUACGGAGAUCUCAACUACCAUUCCUUCCAGUUCAUCGGCGGCAUCUAAUCGGUCGUCUCCAGCGGGUCAGCCACCUCUGCUGAUCAUCAUUCUUACGCACUUGUUGACGAAGGUCUCCUCGUCUCUCCUAUCAGCUUUCAGCUCUCGGUCGUCGUAUACGCUGGCGGCUUUAAUGCAAGCCACUCUGGAUACUGAGUUCAUUGCACAGACCAUGUCCCAAUUCUCUACAGAUGAAGCCUCUGCUGUACAGAGUCAGAUCUACGUGGAACUCGACCGCCGAACCACACACGAGGCCCGGGCUCGUCUUCAGUCAGAGCUUGGUGAAAUGCGGGGAACGCUGAAACGAUUGAGGGAGAGAACUAAAGGAGAGUUUGCUUGCUUUAAGAAGCAAAGAAGUCGGACGGAGCCUAAGACACCGGCAUAG